ACACACAAAUAACGACGCCUGGAUUUUAAGCUCUCCUUCAGUCUUACAGUUUUUAAAAUCACCAGAAGCUUGGAAAACCUCCUCAAUGGCCGAGAUUAACUCAAGCAUCAUUAUAGACGAGGAAAAGAAAAAUUCAAACAUAAAAGACGUUAUCGCAGAAAGGGAAAAAGAAUUAAGUAAUGAUGACCGCUUUAGAUUUAAAAACGCAACACUUUAUGUUACAUGGGAAUUGAAAAAGACGGAUUCAAAUAAAAUGGAUAUUCCUGGUAACGUUGAAGAAUUUUGCGAUCAUAUUGAUACGUCUCCCAAUAUAAAAACAGAGCUAAGAAAAGAUGUAGACUCUGAAAAAGAACCAGACAAUGAUUUUGAAAUGGUUGAACCAACAAAUAAUUCACAAUCUUUAGAAAAAGGUUUUUUAACAAAUCUGAGGGAUACCUAUUCCAAAAAAGAAGAACCCAAAAGGAAUUUUUAUCAAAUUUGGCUCGAUAAUAAAUGGAAGGAGUUUGUUGUAUUACAUCCUCGAUAUGGGAAUUUGUGUGAAAAAAUAUUUAAUGAAAUUAUACAAGGUUUUCCAGUUGAGGAUCGUGUGUAUUAUAAAAUAACAGAGAAUACAAAAGAAGAACUCCCAACAUUAAUUCUUUGUCUUUGUAUAUCCAGGGUGGACGAUGAUAUAACUAAAACGCUUUCUCUUGUUGACAAACUUCCACCCAGGGCGAUGCUUGUCGGACUGGAGUGUUGCGAGGAAGGUGUGAAGCCCAAUAAGCGUAUAAAUACAAAACAAGAAAUCCAUGGCAUUAGGGUCAUAACAAACAUACUGUAUAGUAGAGUGAGGAAAUAUUGUUACAAAUGCGAUGAAAACAUUUCUGCUAUCGAACAAAUAAAGGAUUAUUUGAAAGAAUUUUGAAAAAAAAAAUCAUUUUGUUUGUGCAUUGGCUGAUUUUCUUCAUAUGCUCAUUAAAGCUAUUAAAACCUUUCGUUCCUGUUGGAUAUAUUAAAUUAGAGCCGCAACAAUGUAUUUUAGGGAAAAAAGCCAAAUCUGUAGGAGAAUAUACACUGACCCUGUUUACACCUUCCAAUGAUAAAAAAAUGCAAAGAAGAACACUUCUGUAUCAUUUUUAAAUGUGGAUUUUGCAUAUUACUGGUAUUUAAUCUGUAGCGUGUUUAUUCAGAUUCGCAUAUUGAUUUAACUGUCAAUAUUUGUACAAGUAUUCGAUUUCAUUAGUUCUUGAACACAUACCCGUAUUACAUCAUAAAUCAUAAUAUAUUCAUAAUAAUAUCCUCUCAAAUAUACAUGCAGAGGAAAGCUUUGUCAUUUAAAAUGUAUUAGGUUGUAAAUAAAAUGUUGAUUCUG